UGCCGGCGGCGAGAGAGCACAGUCGUCGGAGAAAAUGGUUACCGGAAACAUAGCAACUCGUCUUCAUCUGUUGAUCGAUCGUUGUGUUCGCGGAUACGUCGAAAGAGAAGAAGUAAGUUCGCCGACGAAGGAAGUGGAGAAAGAUCUGCUUCUUUCUCUAUCUCAGGUAUUGAGAGAAAUUCAAUCUUGGAUUAGCGAAAUUGUAAGUGAUUCAAUGGUGGAAGAGGGAGAAGAGACUGUUGAUCAUGAGGAUGAAACUGCUAAUGCUUUAUGCUUGGAAAGAGUUGUGGCUGAUCUUGUUGGUUUGUUGGGUAUGAAGAAUGUGCAUGUUAAACAUUUGGCCGGCAACAUUCUUGUAGAAGUAUCCGAGUGUCUCGUUGAAUCUGGAAGUCAAUGGGAUGAUUUCUUUCGUUUGCUGUGUGAAUGUUUGCGCUUAGCAGUCGUCUACAGUUGCCCAAUCCCUGUUGUGUUUGGAAGUUCGGAGCUACAUUUCUUAGGUUCUGAUGUUCUUAAAUGUAAACUGGAAAAGGCUAACUGGUACAUGGUGUCUGAUAUUUUUCGAAUUCUUCGUAAUAUAUUGAAGCGCUUGAGCCAAGAAGAUAAUGAGGAACUUCUUGAUGUAUACUUGGAAUUUGUCAACUCUACACUUGCAAAAGUUCCGUGGAGCCGAGUGGACACUAUUUUCUCUCAUCAGCAUGGUAGUGGUGAUUCCCAAGGGCAGUAUGGAACUUUUGGAAGCACUGAAAACCAUGAGGAAGCAACAGUAUUUCUUGGGAGCUUUGUUCAGUUUCUCUGUUCCGUGGUUCAGCAGGUUCACUUUGCCGAAGAUUCUGAUGGUUUUGAUUCUCCACAUUUGAUCCUCCAAAAAACCAUCGAGCUUGUUCCAAAUCUUCUUCGUUGGUGCCAACCAAAAUCAGAAAGUCAAAGUGGCUCUUGUAUGCUAAGAUACCUAGGUCACAAGUUGCUGGUCCUGAUGAUCAGGCUCACUUAUCAGUCCAAUAUAAAAUGUACCAUUCUUCUUUCAUGGCUGCAAUAUCUGCAAUUCCAGUUUCAAGGCUUUCUUCAAAAGUCCCUGACGAGCUUUAAACUCAUCCAAGAUAAUUGUUUGGAAGGUUCGCCAUUUUUUGUGAGUUUGUCUUAUAGGGAGGUCAGUGAGACACAUUCUAAUCAUUUGCAAAGACUUUCUGUGUUUCUGUUCCUACGGUGCUCCUUCACCCUGCUUUAUUCGAGUAGACAUACCGACAAGCACUGUGAGUUUGAUUGUAGUAAGAAAGGAAUGCAAGAGAUGUUUAAAUGGAUUGAACAACAGAUUCCAGGCUACACAUUUUCUGAUCACAGAAUUUAUACCAAGAAGAGUGUUGACUUUUCUGCAUCCUUCGUCCGGUUGUUCAUGCAUGAGGAUGAUCUAUUAUUUAAAGUCCUCCUGCAAUUGCUCUCUGUACCAUUGCAUAGAGAAGAACUGCUUAAAGUGGAAGGGCAUUCACGUCUAGAUGAGGAACAAGCUAUUCUCUUCCGUUUAUCAACCUUGUUCAAUCCUGUAGUCCUAUUCUGUAUAUUUCUUUCAGAGUUGCAUUAUGAUCAUCAAGUCCUUCUUGAUUACCUUAUAUCUAAAGACAUCGGGGCUAGCUGUGCAGAGUACCUGCUGAGAUGUUUGCGAGCAGUCUGUGAUUCUUGGACCCUAUUUAUGGAAUUCCCAUUUGAAGAAAGUACAAAUGCUUCAUCUUCGAAGAGAAGAAAACUUUUGCUUGAGACUUCUGGGGUUGAAAAAAACUGUAAGCUACAUCUGCAGGCUUUUGAAGAUGCCAAAGAUUGUCUGCUUUCAUUACAAACUUCAGUUGUUAAACUACAUCAGAAGAAAUUAUUUCCAUACAACCCAGAAGCUCUUCUACGGCGUUUGCUAAGGUUUCAAGAGCUCUGUCUAUCCCACGAAAACUCAUCCUGGACCAAAGUGUAGCUUCUUAGCUGAGAUUCUCUGAGAGAGAAGGAUCAGAUGCCAACACAAAGAAGUCUCCUUUCCAGAUCAAGUUUCAAGCUAAUUAACUCACAAGUAGAACUGUAUAGAGAUCCUAAAUUCUUUGUUGGUGCACCUGCUAUGAAACAGAGAGCAUUAUGUUCUUGCCUCCAUACUCCAAAUCUGAAAGGUAUAAGAUACUCUGUUCAAGCUAAUGUGAAACUGCCCCCAGCCAAAUACAGUAAUCAAUGAAAUGUCGAAUACAGUGUAGAAAUAACCAAAAAUCACAAAAUAUUGAAACAUUCUUUAUUCAUAUCAUAGAUGUACUUGAGCCCAAAUCAUACAUAGUUGUAAUAUUUAGUUAUAUUUCGCUGCUA